AUGUUUCUUCUUUCAUCAUUUUUCCUAAUCAUGAUACUUAGGAAUGAAACAAGCUACCUGCGAUUCGAGCCUUGGUUUUGCAGCAACAGGACAGAAAUCGCUUCCGGUCGAUCUUGCUUCGGUAAUGACACCAAAACCAUUUUGUUCUACACGCCUAUGUUUGGUAGCAAGCCAUGGCCCGGAGCCAACUCUACGGAAGAGUAUCUUUUAAAAUGUCCGACAAAAAAAUGCCAAAUAACGUAUGAUGUCUACGAUAUAGGAAAAAGUGAUCUAGUUAUUUUUCAUGCUCGUGAUAUGCAAAGUUAUGUAAGAACGAAAGAAAUUCAACAGAUUCACAAUUACCGGUGUCCACAGCAAAGAAUGGCGUUUUUAAACCAAGAAUCCAUUGUCAAUGACCCAGAUUUAAAGAACCGUCUUUCCUUGCCGGAGGGGUUCUUUAAUUGGACUAUAACUUUCAAAAGGGAGUCAGAUUUUCACUAUCCUUAUGGAAAUUAUGUUUCUUUGUCGUCAGCUAAGAGACCAGCGAGAAUUUCUGACCAUGCAGCUGAGAAAAACAAAUUUGUGUUAUGGGCUGUUUCCAAUUGUGGAAGAACUCGAGAUAAGUACGUAAAAAAACUUCUGAAAUUCAUUAAAGUUGAUGUUUAUGGCGACUGUUCGGAAAACUUUGGCCAAGACAAUCAAUGCCAACCAUCAAGCAAUUGCGAUGAUAUUUUCAGCACAUAUAAAUUUUAUCUGGCAUUUGAAAACAGCGUUUGUACUGAUUACAUUACUGAGAAGUUUUGGCGUACACUUGGUUGGAAUUCAGUGCCUAUAACACUGACAAGAGAUUUCUACACACCAGAUGUAGUACCUCCAGGCUCGUUUAUAAGUGUGCAAGACUUUCCAUCUGUUAAGGCUUUGGCAGAAUACCUGUUAUACCUCGACAAAAAUGACACUGCCUAUAAUGAAUACUUCACAUGGAAAAAAGAAUUCGUUUAUACAGGGACGUUGGGAUUAACACAUACAGCCUGUGACAUAUGUGAUGCUCUUCAUAAUGAAUGUGUUCAACCCAAAUUUUAUAAAGAUAUAUUCAAGACUUUUUGGAACGAUAAUGUUGAUUGCAAAGAGAAAGAGGGAAAACUUUUACAUCUCAUAGAUAGAGAGGAAGAGUGA